GCAGACUUCUGGGAAAUGGAGUCCCGCUGCCCCGGGCGGGCCCUGGCAGGCGACUUCCGGCGUCCUGGUGCGCAUGUGCGCUCGGGCUGUGUGCGUGUACGCGCAGGCGCCCUGCCGCAGCGCCGCUGUGGCUUCCUGUCCGAGCCCCGGUCACCGCUGCCCCGGUGCCCCCGCUUCGGCCUCAGUUGGGCGAGGACCCGGGGCCUGCGGGGCUGCGCGCCGUCCGGUCGGGCCGCCACCCAGCGGGCGGGGCGGGCGCUCCAGAGCCUGCGCGGGCGGAGCGUGGAGCGGGGAGCCCGAGGCCACCCCGGAGCCCGCGGGCCAGGCCGAGGAGCGGGCGGCGGCGGGUCGGGUCGGGCUGGGCCCGUCCGCCUCGCGGCGGCGCGGCCCGGGAGGGACGUCCCCGGAGUGAGUCUGUCCCGAAGGCCCAGGCCGGCGCCUCGGGGACGCGGCUUGGGAGGCGGGGACCCCGCGGGAGAAGCGGCGCCGCGGAGCCUCGGGGCAGGUCCAUUGCGAACUAUCUCUGCACGUUCCCAAGAGCUGCCGAAAAUGCACAAGUCCCAGGAGCCGGUGUCGUUCAAGGAUGUGGCCGUGGCCUUCACCCAGGAGGAGUGGCAGCAGCUGGGCCCGGAGGAGAAGACCACCUACAGGGACGUGAUGCUGGAGAACUACAGCCACCUCGUCUCCGUGGGGUACCACAGCGCCAAGCCCCGUGUGAUCGCCAGGCUGGAGCAGGGCGAGGAGCCGUGGGGGGCGGACGGGGACGCGGCGUGCCCAGAAGAAAUCAAGAAAUUUGAUGAUGUAUUAGAAAGAAUUCAAGAAAAGGAAGAUGAACGUUCAAGGCAAACUGUUUAUAUAAAUAGUAAAAUCUUAAUUGAAGAGAGAGAGAAUACAUUUGAUAAAACUUAUAAUACAGAAGCAAUCUUUGUUCCUUCAAGCAUAUCUCAUAAUUGUGUCUCUUGUGGAAAAAAUGUAGAAUCUAGUUCAGAAUUAAUUAUUGGUGACAGAAGCUAUGCAAGAAAAAAGUCUGAUGAACUUAGCGAAUGUGGGAAAACACACCAUGGAGAGAAACCUUAUGAAUUUAAUCAAAAUGGGGAAGGCUUUUCUCAAAAUGAAGAAAGUAUUCUUCAGAAAGUUAAUGUUUUAGAGAAACCCUUUGAGUAUAAUGAAUGCGUGGAAGCCUUAGACAAUGAAACCGUCUUCAUCAGUCAUAAGAGAGCUUAUAUUGGGGAGAAGCCCUGUGAGUGGAGCGACUCUGGACCAGACUUUCUUCAGAUGUCAAAUUUUAAUAUGUACCAGAGAUCACAGGUGGAAAUGAAGCCCUUUGAAUGCACUGAGUGUGGGAAAUCCUUCUGUAAAAAGUCAAAAUUCAUUAUACAUCAGAGGGCUCACACAGGAGAGAAACCUUAUGCAUGUAACGUAUGUGGCAAAUCCUUCAGCCAAAAGGGAACCCUCACCGUUCAUCGGAGAUCACACCUAGAGGAGAAACCUUAUAAAUGUAACGAAUGUGGGAAAACCUUCUGUCAGAAGUUACAUCUCACUCAGCAUUUGAGAACUCAUUCAGGAGAAAAACCCUAUGAAUGUAGUGAAUGUGGCAAAACCUUCUGCCAGAAGACGCACCUCACCCUCCACCAGAGAAAUCAUUCAGGGGAGAGACCCUAUCCGUGCAGUGAGUGUGGGAAAUCCUUCUCCCGCAAGUCAGCCCUCAGUGACCAUCAGAGGACACACACAGGAGAGAAGCUCUAUCAGUGUAACGACUGUGGGAAGUCCUACUACCGAAAAUCUACCCUUAUCACACACCAGAGAACACACACAGGAGAGAAACCUUACCAAUGCAGCGAGUGUGGAAAAUUCUUUUCUCGAGUGUCAUACCUCACCAUACAUUACAGAAGCCAUUUAGAAGAGAAACCCUAUGAGUGUAAUGAGUGUGGCAAAACCUUCAAUCUGAAUUCAGCCUUCAUUAGACAUCGGAAAGUACACACGGAUGAGAAACCCUUUGAAUGUAGUGAAUGUGGAAAGUUUUCUCAAUUCUCUUAUCUUACUGACCAUCAUACAACUCAUUUAGGAGAGAAACCCUAUGAAUGUAAUGAAUGUGGAAGAACUUUCCUUGAAAAUUCAGCCUUUGGUGGACACCAGUCACUUCCAGAAGGAGAGAAGUCCUAUGAAUGUAAUAUAUGUGGAAAAUUGUUCUCUGAUUUGUCAUACUACACUGUACAUUAUAGAAGUCAUUCAGAAGAGAAGCCCUAUGGGUGCAGCGAAUGUGGGAAAACUUUCUCCCAUAAUUCAUCCCUCUUUAGACACCAGAGAGUACACACAGGAGAGAAGCCCUAUGAGUGUUAUGAAUGUGGUAAGUUCUUUUCUCAGAAGUCAUAUCUCACCAUACAUCAUAGAAUUCAUUCAGGAGAGAAGCCUUACGAAUGUAGUAAAUGUGGAAAAGUCUUCUCUCGGAUGUCAAACCUCACUGUACAUUAUAGAAGCCAUUCAGGAGAGAAACCCUAUGAAUGUAAUGAAUGUGGGAAAGUCUUCUCCCAGAAGUCAUACCUCACUGUGCAUUACAGAACUCAUUCAGGAGAGAAGCCCUACGAAUGUAAUGAAUGUGGGAAAAAAUUCCACCACAGGUCAGCCUUCAACAGCCACCAGAGGAUCCACAGGCGGGAAAAUGUGACUGUGCUCAAUGAGGGGAAUCUCCUGUGAAAGUCAGGCCUCAUUUUAGAAAAACCCUCUGAAUAAUGAUUUGGAGUCAGAUAUGAGCUGAGAGUUCAUGUUUUUGAACGGGGGAAAACAUUCAGAUGUUAGGUUCAUUUUCAUCUGACUUUUCACAGAAGGAGAGUCCCUAAGAAGGCAACAGGAAGAAAUGCCUUCGGCAACACGCUACAACUCAUUGGACACUAGAUAAUUUAUACAGGAGUCAGUUUUAUAAAUAUUUAAUAUUUAUUUUGGACUAACGUAUUUACAUAUCAGGGAGUCAUACCAAGGCAAAGUCUGUCAAAAUUGAUAAAUGUGGAAAAAUAUUUUGUCUUGGAAAAUGUUAUACCAAAAGCCAUAUUUCUGAUGUAAAAUCACAUGUUUAUAGGAAAGAUGUCAGAAACUGUCACCUCUAAACUUUUAUUGUAUAAAAUGAAGUUUUCAAAUCAUCAGGACUUGAUAAGAUCAGUAGCAUUAAAUACCUAUGUGGAAAUUUAUAUCAUAUUUUAAAAAUGCAAUCUAAUAACUCUAUGCAAGUUUGAAUUUGAAUAAUUUAUGAGAAGGCAAUAUUCUUAUUUGUGUAUUAAAAUGGCAAAAUGUUGGUGAGAUGUUUGGCAGGUACAAAUAGUUAAAUGCAUAAGUUUCUAUUAUUUUCAGGCACUUAUAAAUGGGUUUCUAAUAAAUGUCUCACCAAUAGUGAUUUUUGUAUUUUUCAACUACAUUUGAG